AUGGACCAGCCACAAGGAAGCCUCAGGGGCGCACAGGCGGGUUCCUCUAGUGAUGAAGGAACCUCGAGAGUCGAGAAGCCCGUACAGGCAGGCAGCGAGCAAUUAUCUGAGAACGGGAAUCCAAGAGAAGAACAGGUUCAUGAGGAAGCUCCUGAGCCACCAAGGCUACCAGAUGAGCCUUGCUUCGCGAGGCCCAAACCCCAUGGAUUCGGUGUCAAGCAGCUUAUUACAAGCUUCGGCGCCGCGAUCUCAGCCUUGGGGUUGAUGGUACAAGGAUUGGGCAGUGCUGGGGGCAAAGGGUUGAGCCAACCAAGCGCCCCGAUACUUCCCUCGGCGCCGAGCCCAUUGGACCAGCAGCACGCCGGUGUUGAGCCAGUGCCAGGUUUGACUGAGCAGGAGGCCCAGGGGAAGCCCCAUCUUCUCGAGCCCGUGCCAGAUCCUGCUGAUCCAGACGACAUUUCAGAAGACCCUAUGAUGCCGGGAAUGUAG